AUGCCGGAUCCGCCCGGCGCCGAUGCGCCCCCGCCCGAGGACCUAUUGGGUGGUAAUGGCGCGAGUGAUUCAUCACUCAACACGCAAACGUGUGAAGCGGUCACUGGAGGAACCGCGAAUCCUCCAGCUUGGUCGCCCGAGGCAACUCAGGUCCAGUUGGACCAUGAGAAGCUGAUGAAGAAGACCUUCCAAGUGCUCGGGAUUGUUCCCUCCAGCAAGUCGACCCGCCGACUGAUGGUCCUGAUGCACGACACCUCGACCCCGCCUUCGCAGGCGCCAGCGCUCGCACGAGCCGCCCAAAGAGCGGUGCGAAACGACGCAGCCCUGGCCUCCAAUGUGAUUCGAGUCAUUAUGGAUGGUCCUGUACAGACCGCGCUGCGCAAGCACUUUGGAUUGGCCGAGACACCGUUCAUGUUCGCGCGGCCCAAGGGCGUCGUGCUUGACCCCGAGGUCGAGAAGCUUUUCUCGAAAUGCGUGAAGCUGAACCCGAUUGUGACGAAAGCCACGAAGAGGUUCCCGAUCGCUCGUCACAUGUACGAGCUUGUAUUCGAAUCCGAGCAAGCUUGUCUUGAAGCCGCUUCAGCGGGCCCAUUCCCCUACCACGGCAAGGAGAUGGUUACCGAGCUCCCCAGCGCCUCUCCCCUUAACCACGUCGUGCAGGUGCGAUUCACCUUGCCCUCCUCCUCCAGCGCGAUCCCCGCUUCCGUGCUCCGAAAAUCUCUCGAUGAUGCUAUCACCCUUUCGUGUGAGGAAUCCACUCUCCGCUCGGCUCAGGACUUAGGCGCGCGGAGCGAACCGGGCGCGGACUUAGGCGCGCGGAGUGAGCCGGGCGCCCCGGCCCAGGACUUAGGCGCGCGAAGCGAGCCUGGGACUUAG